AUGUCGGACUGCAGAAGACAGUGGAACCGGGAGGAUGAGCUACCGGUCUACCUGGCGGGGCCGAUUACCACCGGGCCGAACCAGCGGAAAUCCUUCGGGAUGUUCAGCUCCGUGGAGGGGGCGUUUGAGAGCAAGACCAUAGACUUCGACAACUACGCGGUGGGGAGGAAAGGGAGCCGCACCCCGAGAAGCGGUAGCCGGGAGAGGCUCUUGGACACUGGUGACCCCAUCGGCAAGACGCCCGGUGAGGCCCGGGAGGGGUCACUGGCCAACUCGCCAGGGGAGAGGGAAGACGCACGCACCGGUGCUGAAGUCAGAAAUACAUCGGAGAAGGAAAGCCCUAAUGGAAAGAGUGAGAAGCUGUUGAUAAAAGGAGGGCGGGUGGUCAACGACGACCAGUCUCUCUAUGCAGAUGUCUACAUCGAGGAUGGGCUCAUCAAGCAGGUGGGGGAGAAUCUGGUUGUGCCGGGUGGUGUCAAUGUGAUCGAGGCCAAUGGCCGCAUGGUGAUACCAGGGGGCAUAGAUGUCAACACCUGUCUGAUGAAGCCCUAUCUGGGCACAGAGCCUGUUGAUGAUUUCCUCCAGGGAACCAAGGCUGCACUUGCUGGAGGCACUACCAUGAUCAUUGACCAUGUGACCCCCCAGCCUGGGGACAGCCUGUUGGAGGCAUUUGAGCACUGGCAGGAGGCUGCUGAUAAGAAGGCAUGCUGCGACUACUCCCUGCACGUAGACAUCCCCCAGUGGAACGAGAAUGUCAAAGAUGAGUUGGAGCUGCUGGUGCAAGAGAAAGGUAUCAACUCCUUCCAAGUGUACAUGGCUUAUAAGGAUGUGUACCAGAUGUCAGAUUCUCAGCUAUAUGAGGCUUUCUCCUUCCUGAAGCAGCUGGGUGCUGUGGUGUUAGUUCAUGCUGAAAAUGGAGACCUGAUUGCUCAGGAACAGAGAAAAAUCCUUGGAAUGGGAAUCACUGGACCUGAGGGCCAUCCUCUGAGCCGUCCUGAAGAGCUGGAGGCUGAGGCAGUGUUUCGUGCCAUCACUCUUGGUAACCGUGUGAACUGUCCCGUCUACAUCACCAAGGUGAUGAGCAAGAGUGCAGCUGACACUAUCGCCCAGGCCCGGAGGAAAGGUUCCGUCGUUUUUGGAGAGCCAAUUACAGCUAGCCUGGCCACAGAUGGUUCUCACUACUGGAGCAAGAACUGGGCCAAAGCUGCUGCCUAUGUGACCUCUCCGCCUCUGAGUCCUGAUCCCACAACUCCAGACCAUCUCCACACCCUGCUGGCUUGUGGGGACCUCCAGGUGGUAGGAAGUGCUCACUGUGCGUACAGCACUUCCCAGAAAGCAAUUGGUAAAGAUGACUUCACCCUCAUCCCAGAGGGAACCAAUGGUGUGGAGGAGAGAAUGGGUUUUGUCUGGGACAAGGCCGUGGCCAUGGGGAAGAUGGAUGAGAACCAGUUUGUGGCAGUCACAUCUACCAACGCUGCUAAAAUCUUCAAUCUGUACCCACGUAAAGGCCGGAUAGCAGUGGGCUCCGACGCUGACAUUGUCAUCUGGGACCCUGACAGAAUCAAAACCAUCACAGCCAAACUCCAGCAGUCGGCUUCAGAAUACAAUAUCUUUGAGGGUCUGGAGUGCCGUGGAGGUCCAGCACUGGUGCUGAGUCAAGGUCGGGUGGUUUAUGAGGAAGGCAAGCUGCAGGCUCAGCAGGGCACCGGUCGAUUUAUUCCCUGCAAGCCCUUCCCAGACUAUGCCUACCAGCGCAUUAAGUUCAGGAACCAGGUGAAGGGGAACCAGGGUGUUGCUCGUGGGAUGUAUGAUGGUCCUGUGUAUGAUGUCGUUCCUACUCCCAAAUAUAUUACUCCAGCCCCAUCAGCCAAAACUUCACCCACCUCUCACCAACCACCACCAAUACGCAAUCUGCACCAGUCCAACUUCAGCCUAUCAGGGGCUCAGAUUGAUGACAAUGUCCCACGUCGGUCUGGCCACCGUAUUGUAGCACCCCCCGGUGGUCGCUCCAACAUCACCAGCCUUGGUUGA